UAGAGAGAGAGAGAGAGAGAAGCGUCGGUGGUAUUUAAGGGAGAGCCACGAGCAUAGCGCGCCAGUUACUACGGCCGAUUGGCCCCACAAGGUGUCGCUUAGGCCAACGCGUGACAGAAAGCGACAUAAGCCGAACCGGUGACCGAUGCCGCUGGCAUUGGGCUUGAUCCUGCUGCUACCGCUUGUCGGAGCUUUUCGGCAAGGAAGCGACAUCUUGGCCACGUCAAACGGCACGGCCGGCUUUGCUGAGGUUUUCUCUGAUCGAGCCUUUGUAGUUACAAGGAUUCAGUCAGACGGAAAAGUCGAGAGAGCGAUCCGUUGGCCUGGAAUUUGCGCUAAGGAGACCAUCGUCAAUUGGGGAGACAUCGACGUGACGUUAAGACAGGUCUGGGAGCAGAACACCGGGAGAAAGUUGCAACUGAUAUACGAGGGUGGCAGUUUGACCGACUGCAUCGACGAGGAACUAGAAAGAGGGGACGAGGGGUUUUGCCUGUCGAAUAUACACUCCGAUGACUACGAUGACGAAGCAGAGGCGGCGGUCGUUGACGAGGUAUACGAGUACAACGAUCUCGAAAGUAGUACGUCGAUCAUCUCCCGAGACUUUUCUUGGUUAUCAUCGACCUCCGAGCUACGUCAUCGGUGCAAUCGUUUGAGAACAAAAACGCGAAAUCAAGUCAUAGCUCAGCAUCGACGAAGGGAAUAUCGAAAGAACGUCAACGACACAAUACUUGGUGAAAGAAGAGAGAGACGCAGUAGGAGUCGAAGACGUAGAGAACUCCUUUUGAUACCAGGAACUCAAUGGUGCGGACGUGGUCAUCGUGCCACCAAAUAUACUAAUUUAGGUGGAUUCGGUGUCGCCGAUGCCUGUUGCCGAAGGCACGACACCGCUUGUCCAUUCUUCAUACCAGCGUUCGAGACACGUUACGGCCUUUUCAAUUGGGGUAUUUCCACUAUGAUGCACUGCGCUUGCGACGAACGAUUCCGAACGUGUUUAAAAAUGGCGGACACCUCGUCGGCAAACUUUAUCGGUAAGAUAUUUUUCGACGUAUUACAAACGAAAUGUUUCGUUCUUAAGCCUCAAAAGAUUUGUACGAAACGAUCAUGGUGGGGCAAGUGUCAGCAUCACGAGUAUCGCAAACAGGCGUAUAUUCGUGACAACGUUCCUUAUUGAGUGACACGAGUUAAGCCGAAAGAAAUUAUAAACGAAUGAGAAAGAGAGAGAGAGAGAGAGAGAGAGAGAGAGAGAGAGAGAGAGAGAGAGAGAGAGAGAGAGAGAGAGAAGGAGAGGGAGAGAGAGAGAGAGAGAGAGAUAAAAAAAGAAAAGCGAGAAUAAAAACACAUAAAGAAAAAGAAAAUAAUAAAAAUAGAAACAAAAAAGAUAUUUAAAUAUUCUUCUAGAGAUGUCAAUAGGAAUUCUCAGGGAUAUGAAAAUAAUCUAUCGUGUAUUUAAUAAGGUGUAUUAAUGAUUAAAAAGACGUUUCGCGAAGGAAAAAAAUAAAAUAAAGUAAAAAAAAAAAAAAAAAAAGAAAGGAAAAAAAAAAAGAAAAAAGAA